CAUCCUCCCUCUCUCUCUCCUCCCUCUCUCCCGUAGACAUCAGCGUCUCUCCUCCCCCUCUCUCCGCCGCCACAGCCCUCCCACCACCGCGCUUGCUGUCCCCGCCGCCCUGCCGCGCCGCUGUCCCCGCCGCUCCUGCCGCGCCGCUGUCCUCCCCCCUGCCGCGCCUAUCGUCGUGCCACGCUGACCCCGCCACCAAUUUUUAUGCCGCCGUCGCCGCGAGGUCAAGACUCUUCCCUGCCUCCCUCUUCCCUCAUUUCUAUUUUUUUCUGAUAUGAUAGUCUGUACUGGUACCAAUACCACUGGUAGCACUAUUGGUACCAAUACCACUGGUACGCUACCACUACUCACUGGUACCAAUACCAAUGGCUCCCCUAUCAUCUGCUUUUUUUUUUGUUAUUCUCUACUGGUACCGCUACCAAUGCUAGUGGUAGCGCUACUAGUGCUAGUAGCGUUGUGUUAUUCUCUACUGGUAGCGUUGUACUGGUAGCGCACCACUAGUACUGGUACAUUUUUUACUGGUACCGCUAGUACUGGUACAUUUUUUAACGUACUGGUAGCGUACCACUAGCACUGGUAUAUUAAUUACCAGUAAACUAAUAGAUUGGUACACUUUUUAACGCAUUGGUACAUUUUUUCAGGUUGCCGGAGGGAGUCUGCCGGAGAGAAUUCGCCGGGGAAAAAGUUUGUCUGUCGAUGCGGAGUGGCUGCUGGAGAAAGGAAGAGAGAGAGCUAGAUAGAGAUAUUAAUGUAUAGGAUUUAAAUUUCAGAAUUUUUUUUAUUUAAUAUGGGUUUCAAUUCCCAAUAUAAUUAAUACAAAAGAGGUAAUUAAUAUAUUGCUUUUUUUCAUACCCAAUAUACCCUUAGAUGUAACAACCCUUAGGGGUUGUCACCGUAUCCCGGUCCCCUGAUCGGACCAAUACCAAACUUCUCAAACCGAUGUAUAAACCGGUAACCUUCUUCCCUGCCAAGUGUCAAAGGUGCGACUCUCACCAACUCACCAGUUUUCCAAUUUGACAAAUCGUCCACCUAACAACACCAAACCCAACCGAGGGCGGCCCUUUUUCAUUCUUAUACCCAGAUCUCUGUAUCUGUUCUUCACUCGCUCUUUUGCUUCAAUUCAUCUCAACUCUCCCUUCUCCAUCUCCUCCAUUCCACAAGGUACUGCCUCUGCUCCUUUUCUAUGCUCGUCUUUCUUUUCUCUCUUGCGUUUCACAGGUUGUCCAUUCAAUUCGCGAAUUUGUUAUUAGUCACUUUUGUCUUUCCGUAGUUUCGUUUUCUUGGUUUCGUUCUUUGUCUGGUUUCUGGUGGUUGGAGAUCUCAAUAGUCACACCAAACGUUGAGAUUUCUUUCUGGAAAAUUGGGUAUUUUGAUGGAGAGAUUCAAAGUUCCUGGCUUUGUUCUGAUCCUUUCUCCUCCCUCUUCUGAGUUUUAAGUCUCCCUGAUGCUUUGAUUGAUCAAUGAUCCUGGUAAUCUUGUUCUGCGUUCUUCUGGCAUGUCAAUUGUUUCAACUUGUAUUUCUCUGCUGCUUCUUAUAUAUGUAUGGUCUCAUGAGCUGAACUUAAUUGAAGUAUCUUUGGCGAUGACUGAUCGAUUUGGUCGUUGGCAGUCUUCUGUACUCUUUUCUGUAUCUUGGUUUGUAGUUUGAUGCUCUGCUGAUUGAUCUUGCUGCUGUUAUCUAUAGUCUUGUGGUUGUGGAGGUGUGAACUAGUCUGAAUUCUGUAUCGCUGGCUCGCUGCUCCUUUUAGUUUGGCACAUUUUUUCUCUGAAUUAUGUCCCAUGAGACGUUUACUUAUGAUGUUUACACUGACCUCUUAAUUAUUAGUUUGCCAUUUUCUAAUUUGUAGUUUAUUAUAAGCCAGGGCAUUGGUUUCAAUCACCCGCCAAUUAUAAAAAAAAAUUAAGUUUACUGAUGUCAUUAUCUUAGAAGAGCAGAAUAAUCACACAAUAUUGAACCUUAUUCUGUUUGAGGAUAGAUGGCAAGGUUUCGCAGGAAUUCUGAUAAUAUAUGUUUAUGUAUUACUUUCCUUUUGUCUUGAUUCUUUUUUUUUUUAUAUUGUGUUGUAUCUGAAUGUAAUAUGGUCAAGUUCUUAAGUUGUUCUUAUUUAUUGAACAGGAAUAUUAUGGCUGCACAACAAACAAGAAUCGGCCUUGCUGGUCUGGCUGUCAUGGGCCAGAACCUAGCUCUCAAUAUUUCAGAAAAAGGAUUCCCCAUAUCAGUCUAUAAUCGAACUACCUCCAAGGUUGAUGAGACUGUUGAGAGAGCAAAGAGAGAGGGCAACCUUCCACUCUAUGGCUUUCAUGAUCCUGAAUCUUUUGUUAAUUCAAUCCAAAAGCCUCGGGUGAUAGUCAUGCUAGUCAAAGCCGGGGCGCCAGUUGAUGACACCAUCAAGACUCUUUCUGCUUACAUGGAGAAAGGUGACUGCAUCAUUGAUGGUGGGAAUGAGUGGUAUGAGAACACCGAGAGGAGGCAGAAGGCAAUGCUUGAAAAGGGUUUGCUCUAUCUUGGAAUGGGAGUAUCGGGAGGCGAGGAAGGUGCAAGAAAUGGACCUUCGAUGAUGCCUGGAGGUUCCUUUGAGGUGUACAAGUACAUUGAAGACAUCCUUCUCAAAGUGGCUGCUCAAGUUCCUGACAGUGGUCCGUGUGUGACAUAUAUUGGAGAAGGUGGAUCAGGUAACUUUGUUAAGAUGGUCCACAAUGGAAUCGAGUAUGGUGAUAUGCAGCUAAUUGCAGAAGCAUAUGAUGUGCUGAAAUCAGUUGGAAAGCUUUCAAAUGAGGAAUUGCAUCAGGUGUUCACAGAAUGGAACAAAGGCGAGCUUCUAAGCUUCCUGGUCGAAAUAACUGCAGAUAUUUUUGGAAUCAAAGAUGACAAGGGAGAAGGGUAUUUGGUUGACAAGGUUUUGGACAAAACCGGCAUGAAAGGGACUGGGAAAUGGACAGUGCAGCAAGCUGCCGAUCUAUCCAUUGCAGCACCCACCAUUGCAUCUUCGCUUGAUGCAAGGUUUCUUAGUGGUCUGAAGGAGGAAAGGGUCCAAGCUGCUGAAGUGUUCAAAUCUGGUGGGUUUUCUGAUAUUUUGAGCGAACAGGUUGUGGACAAGGAGAAGCUGAUCGACGAUGUGAGGAAGGCUCUCUAUGCUUCCAAGAUUUGCAGCUAUGCACAGGGAAUGAAUUUAAUUCGUGCAAAGAGUGUUGAGAAAGGAUGGGGGUUGAAGUUGGGAGAAUUGGCUAGGAUAUGGAAAGGAGGCUGCAUUAUCCGAGCCGUGUUCCUUGAUAGGAUCAAGAAGGCAUAUGAUCGUAACCCCGAACUGUCUAACCUUCUUGUGGAUCCCGAGUUUGCGAAGGAAAUCAUUGAGCGCCAGACUGCAUGGAGAAGGGUUGUGUGUCUAGCUGUCAGCUCUGGCGUUAGCACUCCUGGUAUGUCUUCUAGUCUUGCUUAUUUUGACUCAUACAGGAGAGAGAGAUUGCCUGCUAAUUUGGUGCAGGCGCAAAGAGACUACUUUGGUGCUCAUACUUAUGAGAGAACGGACAUGGAAGGUUCUUUCCAUACUGAAUGGUUCAAGAUUGCUCGACAGUCGAAGUACUGAGCUAUUUCCUGACGUGUUCAAGCUUGUUGUGCAUUAUAAACUGAGACCGGUCUUUUUCUCUGGUGAAACUUUUAUCUAUGUUGGAUGUACUUUGGCAGGUUCUAACUGCUUUCUUUUGUAACGAUUUUAAAGAUUUCAUAUUUGCUACUUUUGUUGAGAUAUGUCACCUCCCCAUGGGAAUGUUAUCUUAUUGUUGGAAAUUUGAUGUUUGAUUGAGAAAUUGAAAUCUGAUGGCUUUAUUCUCAGUUGUUUUUUGGUUUCACCAGCUAUGGUUCUUCUUAUUCUUUAGGUGAAACGUUUUCUUUAGGUGAAACAGGCAUCGUCUGCUGAAGGUUUUACUAAAACUUGUGUUUUGUAAAACGAUGGAUAUACGAGGGUUUUGGAUUCAUUAUGUAUUUGAAAAAUAACGUUGUUUGUUUCAUAGAUUUCAUGAUGGAUUUGGUUGAUUGAUUAGAUUUGAAUGUAUGAAGUGAAAUUGACAUAUAUUGCCCUCUUUGGUAUGAGAAGUGAAAUGAAAUAUAAAGGGCAAAUUGAUCAUAAAUGAUGGACUUGAAAGUCCAUGAUCAAUUCUCAUCUAAAGUGGUGGGUAUUUCAAAUAUGUGUGGACUCUUAAAGUUCGUUGGGUCUUUCAAAUAAUGGAUUUUAGAUAAAGUCUAUGAUGGAUUCAAAUUCAUCAAGCAAACAACCGACGCCUUUCUUCUUCUUCACGUCAACAACUACAACUCUGAUCACACCUAUAGUUCAAGUUGUGGAUAUGUUUGAAACUCACACCUUGUUAAGUAAGUCCUGCGGGCUCGCUUUGUCCAAUCCGUUAGUUAAUAGAUGUGCCAGCUGGUUAAUAGUACUAACAUGUUGUAGCUGUAUCAAACCAUUUUUUCAGUCUUUUCCUUGCGACAUGCAUUAUCAAUCUCAAUAUGCUUUGUGCUGUUGUAUCAAGAUUUGUUUUUUAGUUGUGUUUUAACCAAGUUCGUGUUGCUGAUGAAAGAAUCAAGCUUGCAUGUUAAUGCUUAGAUGAAAUUAGGGGGUUGAAGUUAGAGUCCUUUGGGGAAUAUUAUAUUAUUGCCACAAUGAUUAGUGAUUAACCACCAAUCACAAUGUUUAGUAUUUUACUAAUCACAGUCAAUACACUAGAUACAAAACGAAAUUGUGAUCAAAUUACAUACGGUUCAGUUUUAAGUUUCCAGUUAAACCACACAAAAAUGCAAACCAAAUUUCCACAACCAAAUGAAAAUGAUCUCAUGAUGAUCAUACCACCGCUCAUCUUUCCAGUAACAUGCUCCAUUCAUAUUUGUAGCCUAAGCUAAUUUUGUUUAAUAUUGUUCACGACAAUCCAAUAAAAUGUAAAUCCGUAGUUACAAGGAGUUGUGUGUAUUCAUUUAAAAUAUACAAGUAGACAAAUUAUCUAUUCUAUAACUCGGGAAAAAAAGACAUCUUUGAUCCACCACAUAUUAUCUCGAUAAUUAAAAAAAAACAAUAAUUUUUGGUGCAUGAGAAGUUUUCUCAUUUGGUAUCACCAAUUCACCAUAUGUAAAACCAUACUAAUCACCAAAAAAAAAAAAAAAUCAUACUAAUAAAUAAUAUUCAAAUUGUCAAAAGAAUUUCUCAUAAAUCACAUUCUCUUAAUUGAUUUAUUCAUAAAUCAUUUUUUCCUAAAAUGUUAACAAAUACGAUUUUAUAAAUUUUGUUAUUAGAAGUAGUCAUCCAUAAGAUUAGAGCUUAACCUGUAAGAAUGUCAUGAACAAUGCCCUUCAAUUUUUUUCAUAGAAAUGAGCCAUGACCCAUGAGUCCAUGACCUUGACCGUUCAAUUAAAAGGGGGGGAAAAAAAAAGGAAAAGGAAGAAAAAAAAAUGAUAAAUAAUUUGUUCCCACUUCCCUCCAAUGGUUGUUAAAUCCGUAGCUGCUGACCGUAAAUUGGGUUCAAUCAUUAUCGGUUAUAAAACUGACUGAAAUGU